CGCGAGAGGAGGCGUAAAACUGCACAGCCUUUUGCCGUGCUACUUUCACGGAAACACACGGAAGUUUCUAAAUUUCCAUCCGAUCCGUUACAUGACUGGAGUGACAUGAAAGUCUAUUUCACGGUUGCCUGAGUUGAGAUUCAAAUCAUCCGACGACAUCACGCUUCUGUUUUCGGCGUUGCACCGUGCCAUGGAGAGGUUGGAAGACACAUCAGAGCUGCAGUCGCGGCUGUCAUCGCUGUCUUUCUCGUCUUUCCCAGGAGUAACAUCCAAACAUUGCGACAGCGACCCGACCGACAGGCUCCAAAACACGGACCUCUCCGCAAACCUGACCCAGUCGCCAAAACAAGCUCAUAUGGAUGCAUCUGAGCAGUGUGAAGAGGCUAAUGUUGAGGGCCCCGCUGUGCACGCCUCAGGGGAUCAGGGUGAGAAGAACGGCGCAGAGAGCCCUCCGCUCUCCGCUGAGAUGAAAGCUGAGACGCCACCCCUGAAGCCCCCGUCGACAUGGACAUCUGCCGCCCUCAAAGAGCUCAAGGCCAAGCUUCGAACGGAGAAGGACAGCAUGGUGACGGUUUACCGAGGCGACAUCAUGACCGUGCAUGUGCCCACCGUGCCAGAAGCCAAGAAGGUGUGCUGGGAGUUUGCCACAGAUGGCUACGAUAUUGGCUUUGGCAUCUAUUUCGACUGGACUCCCGUCACGAGUCGGGCCAUCACCGUGCACAUCAGUGAAUCGAGUGAUGAUGAAGAUGAAGAGGAGGAGCCGGAAGGCCCGGUCACCAAUGGAGAUGUGGAGAAGGGCUCCAAAGCACAAAGCAACUCCAACCUGGUCGAGCUCAUUCCCGUGUACCGCCAGGACAGCCACUUGAGCGUCAACGGCGGCAGCCACGACUUCCCAGGCGAAGGCACUUACCUCUUCAAAUUCGACAACUCCUACUCUCUCUGGCGAAAUAAAACACUUUACUACAGAGUUUAUUACAGUGCCUAAAAAAAUGCCAAAUCUUUAUGAAUGUAUGAUUGAAAGAAGGAAAUUACUCUUAUUAGAGCUAUUUUAAAUGAUCUAAAGUACAAAUAAAGAGGUUACAUAUAGGGAUAUCUAUUUUUUACCACUCAGCUUGUGUUGCCAAUGUCAAAUCUGAAGAAGUCUUUCAUUUGCAGCCGUGCCGUUAAACAAUCUGAUCUUAAACAUAUACUGUGACAUCUGUUAAGUAGCGGUUAUCAGGGAAGAUCUACGCAGCAUCUACUUGCUCGGUGUUCUUAAGUGCUCUCAAGGCGUGUAUAACUUGCUAUUAUUUGUAGUUUCUUUUUCACUGCACCUCAAUUAAAGAUCUGUUAUAAUG